GCUCUGAGGGACGGAUAUGCACCCGGUCAGCAACCAUUGCGUAUGUGGGAUUGCACAUCAUCGACUGUCGAUCAGUUCUCCUUCAACAUUGGCGAGCUCGCGUUCCCUCGAGCGAAGUGCAACACAUAAAAGGACAACCAAUUCCCCCCAUUAUCUCCUCUCUCGUCCAUCCACUCAACUACAACUUUCCAUCGCUAUAUCCAGACUUCUUUCGUUCUUCCCACCACCAAAGCAACCUACAACACCGCAAACAUGUUCACCAAGACUAUCCUCGCUACUGCCUUCAUGGCCCUCGCCGCCUCUGUCGCCGCUGCUCCUACUCCCGUUGCUCAGCCCGACCUCGCCAGCACCCUCGGCAACAUCCUCUCUCCUGGAUCCGGUAACGCCAACACUGGCAGCCUUCUCUCCCCCGGAACAGGCAACUCUGCUUUGAACGGAAACAGCGCUGAAGGCAAUGGAAACGGCAACGAGGCCGGCAAUGGCAACUCUGCAGGAAACGGAAACACUGCUGGCACCAACAACGGAAACGGCAACACUGUUGAUGGCAACUCCCUGAUCAACCUUAAGAACUAAAAAGGUGAUCUGAUCGACGUCGACCCGACUGUAAACCUCUGCAAGCAAUAGAUUUGCGGCGAGGAUUGUACAUAUACCAACUUUUACGACACCAACACACACAUCGGGGACAAAACGGCGCUAUUUGAUGACACUCUCAGCCUCUGGAACUUAAGGCUUAAUGGUUUCUUUUCCUUUGUUUGAUUAUACCUACUACUCUAUCGAACUCCUCUUGAUGGCGAAAGCCUCGGGGAUGUCUGUAUAUAUUACCUCUUGUACAUGAAC